CCCUGAUGGAUUUCAGCCGCAGAAGCUUCCAUCGAAGCCAGAGUUCCUCCUCCCAGGGCCCAGCACUCAGCGUGAGCGGUUCCCUGUACAGAAAGGGGAGCGUGCAACGUCUUGGGGCUGCACCCAGUGUUUAUGGAGGAGCUGGAGGCCACGGUACCCGCAUCUCCACCUCUCGACACGUUGUGAACUAUGGGAGCGAUCUCCUCGGCGGUGGGGACCUGUUUGCUGGCAAUGAGAAAAUGGCCAUGCAGAACCUCAAUGACCGCCUGGCAAGCUACCUAGAAAAAGUGCGGUCCCUGGAGCAGUCCAAUUCCAGACUUGAGGUGCAGAUCAAGCAGUGGUACGAAGCCAACGCGCCCAGCACAGGCCGAGACUACAGUGCAUACUACAAACAAAUCCAAGAGCUGCAAAAUCAGAUUACAGACGCUCAAUUGCAAAAUGCUCGAUGUGUCCUGCAAAUUGAUAAUGCUAAACUGGCUGCUGAAGACUUCAGACUGAAGUUUGAGACCGAGCGGGGGAUGCGCCUAACAGUGGAAGCUGACCUCCAAGGCCUGAGUAAGGUCUUCGAUGAUCUAACCCUAAGCAAGACAGACUUGGAGAUCCAGACUGAAGAGCUGAAAAAAGACUUGAUUCUCCUCAAAAAAGAACAUCAGGAGGAAGUGGAUGCCCUGCGCCGGCAGCUGGGCAACACUGUCAACGUGGAAGUGGACGCUGCUCCAGGCCUGAACCUCGGUGACAUCAUGAAUGAGAUGAGGCAGAAAUACGAAGUCAUGGCCCAGAAGAACCUUCAAGAGGCCAAAGAGCAGUUUGAGAGACAGACAGAAGCUCUGCAGCAAGAAGUCAUAGUGAACAGGGAAGAGUUAAAAGGAACAGAGACUCAAGUUACAGAGCUGAGACGCACCUAUCAGAGCCUGGAGAUAGAACUCCAGACCCACCUGAGCAUGAAAGAGUCUCUGGAAAACACACUGGAGGACACCAAGGCUCGCUAUGGCAGCCAGCUGGCCAGCAUCCAGGGGCUGCUGAGCUCUCUAGAGGCCCAGCUGAUGCAGAUUCGGAGUGACACCGAACGCCAGAGCAACGAAUACAGUAUUCUUCUUGACAUAAAGACCAGACUCGAGCAGGAAAUUGCUACUUACCGCCGCCUUCUGGAAGGAGAAGAUGUAAACGCUACGCAAUUUCAGUUAUGCAACCUGGAGGAGAGAGAUAUAAAGAAAACCAGGAAGAUUAAGACGGUCGUCCAGGAGGUUGUGGAUGGCAAGGUUGUGUCAUCUGAAAUCAAAGAGGUGGAAGAAAGUAUAUAACAGCUGCCAGAAGGAGAUGCUGCUGAGGUUUUGAAAGUAACAUGGCUGUAAUCUUUAUUCCCAACAAGAAAGUGGCCAUCUGAGAGCACCAUUAAUACUUUGUAGUGAUCAGAAGGGGGGAGGGGAAGCCUAUUUAUCAGUCCGUGUAAUUAAAUAUAAACGUUUUCUUCAGAGGAGCUGCAAAUUGCCUGCAAAAAUGAAAUCCAAUGAGCACUAAAAUAUUUAAAACACCAUUACUGCCAGCUGUAUCAUGAAGCACAUCUAUUAUAAGCUAUAGACCCUAAUAUCAAUUAUACACAUUUCCAUUAUACUAAAUCUCACCGAGCAGAGGAGUCUAUGCAAAUUGCAAAUAAACCUCUCUCUGAUUUGUUUUUUCCUAUUUCUGAAUUGCUUGAUCUCCUUUUGGGAGCCCCUGGAUUCUUAAUUGAACCAAUUUCCUGGUUAAUCUCCUUGGGCUUUUCAGGAUCUGUACAAUUCUGCCACCUUUAAGCUACGUCUGCUUUACCCCAUUGUCUCUACUACUUUUUAAAACUCAA